AUGCCACCUCGUGAGUUUCAAGAGCUCCCGACUGCGUCUCCAGCUUUGUCCGUCUUGGCCCUGAUCGGGAGCCGAUACCGCUUCGCGCUGUGGGGUAAAAUCCUGAGAGAAGCCCCCCGAAAAUCAAAGCUGUCACUGUCCCGACCCAGUCACAAGCUUUCGCGCUGGGUCCCAGAAAAUACCCUUGGAAUCUCUACCAUUUCUGCGCAUGCGACACUUUUCCCCUCUAUAACUUCUUUUUAA